CACGGUGUCUUGUAAGAGUUUGUGGAGCUGAUGGGUCACUGUAACACCAUCCAGGCCCAGUACAGAGACCGCAAUGUGGAGAGGAUACAGAGGCACUCAAAAUCAGUGACCGGAACCAACGUGACAGACGAGGAGCUGGAUACUAUGCUCGAGAGUGGGCAGACGGAUGUUUUCACACAAAAUAUCCUUAUUGACGCUAAAGCUACAAAGCAGGCUCUGAAUGAAAUUGAGUCCCGACACGAUGAGAUCCUGAAGCUGGAGAAGAGCAUCAGAGAUCUGCACGACAUGUUCCAGUACCUCGCCAUGGAGGUGGAGGCUCAGCAUUUGCCUCCUGCAGGGGAGAUGGUCAACCGGAUUGAAACCAACAUCAACCAGUCUUCAAACUAUGUGGAGAAAGCAAAGGACAACACAGCGAAAGCUGUAACAUAUCAGCAGAAAGCACGCAAGAAAAAGAUUUGGAUCGCGAUCUGUUUGGCCAUCCUCAUCCUCAUCCUAGUCAUCUCAUUGGUCUCCACCUUCGGCUCCUAACUCCAGGCAGUGAGAGUUGGCUGUAGACCUGUGUGGCAGAAGCACAUUCUGGGUUUCA